AUGAGCGCGUAUUUUGACCCAUUUUUAAGCAUCACCGGAGUGUUCUGGCUCCUAACAAUAUUGGAACUAGGAGCUGGAGUGGAGCUCAUUGGUAUUGUCUCAGAGCCUAAACCCAGAGUGAGAAGCAACUCCACCUCUAUAGAAAGCCUUAGCACUGG